AUGGAAACUAUAUUUGAGGAAGAAGACCAGGUCCAGAAAUCUGAUGAUAUGGUUGAUGAUGAUGGAAGUAAUCAAGUAUCUGGCGGACCUGAAACUGAUGGGGAGGAUGAUGAUGCUGAGUAUGUGAAGAAUAUUUUAGAGUUGACAGAUGAUGACGUAAUGGGUCUUGAAUUUGAUUCGGAGGAAGAAGCAGUAAAGUUUUAUGAACGAUAUGGGCAAUGUUUUGGUUUUGGGGUAAGGAAGGAUAAUGUGUAUCGUGGACCCAAGGGUUGUGUUGUUACACGUCAAUUAGUUUGCAGUAAAGAGGGGGCAAGGCACAAGAAAUACAUGGAACGUGGUGAUCGGGUUAGAGCUCCAAAGCCAAUUACAAGAGUCUCAUGUCCGGCCAGAUUUCGCGUUCGUUAUGAAAGAAACUCAGGUAAGUGGAAAGUAACUCUUUUUGAGAAGUCUCACAAUCAUGAAUUGACUCCGGUUGACAAAGUACAUCUGAUUUCUUCAUUUCGCCAAAUAAGUGAGUCUGACAAGGCCCAGAUUAAUAGCCUUAAGAUCCACGGUGUUCGGACAUGUAAUAUAAUGGGGUUGAUGUUAGGGCAGAAAGGUGGUCAUGAAUCUUUGGGCUUUACUAAGAAGGAUCUGUACAAUCAUAUUGACAAGGAGAAGCGGAUAAGAGUUGGGAACGGUGAUGCAGUUGCUGCUUUAUCCUAUUUUGAGGCAAAGUCUGAGAGUGAUCCUAUGUUUUUUUCUAAGUAUACUAAAACUGUUGAUGAAAAUUUGAAAGACCUGUUUUGGAGUGAUGGAGUAAGCAGAUUAGAUUAUCAUGCAUUUGGUGAUGUUGUUGCUUUUGACAGUACAUAUAAAAGGAACAAGUACAACAAGCCUCUUGUUAUUUUCUGUGGCUAUAAUCAUCAUGGGCAAACAACAAUUUUUGCAUGCGCUUUGCUAACAGAUGAGUCGGCUAAUACAUAUAAGUGGGUUUUGGAAACUUUUGUUGAAUGUAUGUUUCAGAAGCAUCCGAAAGCAGUUGUUACUGAUGGUUGUUUGGCUAUGAAAGAAGCCAUUCGGUGUAUCUUUCCUAAUGCCCGUCAUAGGUUGUGUUCAUGGCACAUUCAACAAACUGCAAUUGAAAAGUUAAAGCAUUCAGAGUUUCUGGAUGAAUUUUCAGGGCUGAUUUAUGCUAAAAUGAAUGCAGAAAAAUUGGAGAGAUUGUGGGCUGAAGCUGUUGAAAAGUAUGAUCUUGCUAAUAAUGAGUGGGUGAGAUAUAUGUAUGGGUUGAAGACAAUGUGGGCGGCGGCUUAUAUGAAGGAUCUAUUCUUCGCAGGCAUAAGAACCACUUCAAUGUGCGAAGGGAUUAACUCAUUUAUCAAGAGUUAUGUGCAGUGUAAAAACAGUUUGAUUGAUUUUAUCCACAAUUUUGAAAGGGAUGUCAAGGAGUACCGACACAAUGAGUUGGUAGCAGAUUUUACAACUAUGUACACGGAGCCUGUGCUAACAACUCCACUCCGUGAAAUUGAAAUUGGCUUUUCCAAGCUUUUGACAAGGAAGAUGUUUGAAGAAGUGAAAUCUCAGAUUCAACGUGUGGGUGGCUUAGAAAUUACUCAAAGGGCAGAGGUAAAUGGUGUGGUCAUGUUGAGGAUGCAUAAGUUUUUGUAUGAGCGGCGUGAAUACGUUGUUUUAUAUGAUAAGCAUUCUGUGAAAUUGUAUGUGAUUGUGGAAACUUUGAGUAUUGUGGUAUUCCUUGCUCCCACAUCAUAUGUGCGAUGA